AUGGUGAAGCUAAUACAUUUGAACAUCCCUUUGGUGGAUAUGCUCGGUGAGGUCCCAAAAUAUGCAAAAUAUAUUAAGGACAUAGUGGCAAAGAAAAGGAGGUCAACUGAGUUUGAGACUGUAGCACUUACUGAGGAGUGUGCAAGUAUCAAUCUGAUGCCAUUAUCAGUGUUCAAACAAUUGGGCUUAGGAGCUCCAAGACCCACCACAGUGAUGCUACAGUUAGCUGAUAGAUCCUAUGUUUAUCCUGAAGGGGUAAUUGAGGACGUCUUGUUGCAGAUUGGGAAGUUUAUUUUUCAUAGAGAUUUUAUCAUCCUAGAUUACGUGGCUGAUGAGUUGGUCCCUAUCAUCUUGGGACGACCUCUUAUAGCCACUGCAGAUGCAAUUAUCAAAGUCCGAGAAGGUAAGAUGAUCCUGAGCGUGGACAAUGAAGAAGCAGUCUUCAAUGUAUAUCGAGCCAUUCAGUUGCCUCGUCAUUACGAGGACCUGGACAUGAUUUCGAUUGUGGAGAUAAAUGAACUAGCCAUAGAUCCAAGGGCGUUUAAAGAAAAUGCACUAGAAAAGGCAUUGACGUUGUUCAAUCACUUAGAACUUGAAGAAGAGGUUGAGGAGAUGUUGCACAUUCUGGAUGCAUCAUGCGAAUACAUAAGAGAAAGAACCCAAUUUGAGCCUUUGGAUAGGCCAAUCGGCCAGCCUCCUAAACCCUCAGUUGAGGAGGCCCCAAAAUUGAAACUUAAACCCUUACUAUCUCAUCUUCAUUAUGCAUAUUUGGGAAAUUCUAACACUUUACCUGUGGUUGUUUCUUCUCAUUUGUCUGAAUUGCAGGAAGAAAAGCUCUUAUGGGAGCUGAUUGUCGAUGCCCCCUUUUUCUAA